AUGACCACGUGUUCCAACAUUAGCAAUUUGAGUGAUCAAAUGGUGAAAAAAAUAUCGGAAAUUGCAUUAUAUGAAAUUUUACAAUUAAAAAUAAAUUUUAAUCAAUAUAAUCCUAUAAAUGUCGGUGUCUCAACCUAUGUUCCACUACCGAAAUUUAUUCAAAAUAAAAAAGGGGUUUUAAAUAUCGAAAAUAAUGAUGAAUAUUGUUUCCUUUGGUCAAUUGUUGCAGCACUAAACCCUUGUAAUAAUCGAAAAAAUCCAAACAGAACUUCCUCAUAUCCACAUUUCAGCGAAGUACUAAACUAUGACGAUAUAGAUUUUCCAAUCAAAUUAAAAGAUAUACCAAAAUUUGAACAGUUAAACAACAUUUCGGUUAAUGUUUUUACAUGUGAGAAAAAGGAAGUUGUACCAGUUUGUUUAAGUAAAUUUGAAUUUUUAACAACAAUUAAUUUGUUAUUUACCGAACGCAUUCGUAACUAUAAUGCAAUUUAUCAUUUCGCAUUAAUUAAAAACAUGUCACGUCUUUUGUGUGGUCAGCAGACGUCUGAUUUAGCACAUUCAAAAUUUUAUUGUGACAGAUGUUUAAAUCAUUCUUACUCGCAACAAAAUUUGAACAACCACAUUUUUACUUGUAGAAAAAUGAAUAAAACAAAAAUUUCACUUCCACAAAAUGAUUGUGAUAAAUUCAUUAAAUUUUUAAAUUAUAAACAUAAGGAAAAAGUACCGUUUGUAAUUUAUGCAGAUAUUGAAAGUAUAUUAGAAAAAUUCGCUUGCAUUCGAGCUGGGUCCGACAUUUACUAA